AUGGCUUCACCCAAAACUGACAGCGCAGGCGGAAGCCCUCGUCAUGGCGUAAACAAGCAGAAUAUCUCAGCUGGCGGUUCUCCCGUUGGAGAUCCUAUUGUCGCACAGGAAGAUAAUGAAGGAGACGUCAGCGACUCGGCUUUUGGGGACGACGUAGAAAGUUCUACUGCUUCCAUAUCAUCGAGCAUCCUUGAAUAUCGCAAAUUUCAAGGGCGGACUUUUCACAGUGAGAGAUAUAAUACGGAUUAUUUUACACCGAACGAUGAGCAGCAGAGAGAAUCGAUUGAUAUCACUGACUUCGCCGAUGAACACCCCAACGCAGAGGUCAUCGGAACAGACCUAUCUCCAAUCCAACCAAGUUGGGUUCCACCAAACGUGAAGUUCGAGCUUGAAGACGCAACAAAGGACUGGAGCUGGCCUGAAAAUCACUUCGAUCUCGUCCAUGUCCGGUUUCUCAUUGGCGCUAUAGCAGACUGGGGAACACUAUUUAAAGAGGCGUCUCACUGCUGUAAGCCAGGUGGUUUCGUUGAAUCUGGCGAGAUCAACCCAACUUUCUAUUCAGAUGACGGAACCAUCGAUGACGUUGAUGCACUACAAACCUGGAAUCGACUGGUGAUUGAGAGUGGUAAAGGCUUUGGAAGAAGCUUUACAGACAUCGAGAACGACGUGCAGCUAUUUCGCGAUGCUGGAUUGGUUGACGUGCAGAGCUUUGACUUCAAGGUCCCCAUUGGCGGAUGGCCCAAAGACGAAAAAAUGUUAAAGGUCGGUCAAUUCCUCCGCGCAUCGAUAGAGAAUGACCUCGAGGGAUAUACAAUGAUGGUUUGGCAUCGCAUCAUGAACUGGCCCAAGGAUGAAUACCAGGUAUUCUUGAUGAAUUUGAGAAAGGUGUUUAAGGAUAAACGAAUCCAUGGAUACAUGCGUGUUCGAUAUGUUUAUGGUCGGAAGCCAGAGGUUGAGGAGUAG